AUGUUCUUAUGCACUGUCAAAAUCUUCUCCAAGUUUAGAGCAUAUCCGGUGUUCAUUGCUGAUGGUACUCCAUCGCCGUUGAAAUCAGAGGUUAGGAUUUUGAGAUAUUGCAAGUUUUGUGGCAUUGAUCUGACUAGCUUUCCAGGGCUUAAAGAGGGUGUUUCAAUUGAAAGGAAUAAAACGUUUUUAAGUUGGGUUCAAGAAUGUGUGAAAUUUUUUAAGCUACUUGGAGUGCCUGUAUUAGAGGCUGAAGCACUCUGUGCUGAAUUAAAUAGAGAAAGUCAUGUAUAUGCUUACAUCACACCAAACAGUGAUACAUUCCUUUGUGGGGCCAAACAUGUUAUAAGACGUUUCAAUUGUUCCAAGUUCAAAGAACCAUUUGAAUGCUACCAUAUGUCAGAAAUUGAAGCUGGUCUUGGGUUGAAGAGGAGACACUUAAUAGCUAUCUCUCUGUUGGUUGGAUAUGAUCAUGAUAUAAAUGGUGUUCAAGGGAUUGAGCUUGACUCUGCUUUUCAAUUUGUUCGAGCUUUUAGUGAAGAUGAUAAUAAAUUGGUUAUUUACAUGGUAUCAGAGCGUCAAUGUCUCAGGUUCAAUCCUCACCCCCUCCCCCCCAAUUUUCUUUGUGGAAUUUCUUAG